CAAAUUGAAUUUGAAAACGUCAAACAUAUUGUAUCGUUCGUUGGAUUUAAUAUGCAGUAUUCCUUCGGUAUAUUGUGGUCAUUAAUUUAGUUUGUGGAUGUCGUUUAGUAAUAUUUUAUUAUAAUAUAUUGUUUAUUAUUACAAGGUGAGGGUGUUUGUGUAUAAAAUAAGAAGAAAGAGAAAAAAUGAUUGUCGUUUCAGAAGAUGUGAACAAUUUGUUUGAUGACGUGUUACAAGAAAUCAGUCAGAACAUUCGUUCUAUGAUGAAGGAGCUGUGGCUGAAUUGGUCACACUUGGGUGUGGAUGAUGACACCAAGUCUGAGUACAUUGCUAAACUGGUGCAAAUAGAGAAAGACCUUCACCGAGAUGUCAUCUUGGAGACCAGACAGGAGUUGAAGAACAUGCAGGGUGAAGUUGACAGAUUAAAGGCAGAGACAGAAGAGCUAAGCAAAUGCCUUUCUGUGGACAUCACAAUCAUGGAGCAGAAGGCCGAAGUUAUGUUAGCGACUUAUAAGAGAGAACUAGAGGAACAAAUUGUGGGUUAUAGAGAGCAAGUCGAACAACGUCGUAUGAAAAUGGAGAGGCUCCUUGAGUGGCAGCGUGAUCUCGCUGAGAAACUUGGUGUCACUAUCCAGGAAUUGAAGGAUGUUCCAUUGCCCUCUGAAGAGGAGUUGGACAAACUUGGAGCCCACCUCGAGGUGUUGCAAUCAGAGCGAGACAAGAGAGUUGAAAUAUUUUUAACUACACAAGUGGAGAUUAAAGAUAUUAUGGAUAAACUACAAAUCAAACCGCAGAACAAGUUCGAACAUGUGGUCGUGAGCUCAUUGUCUGUAGAUUUUAAGGUGACAGACCUUAACAUGGACCGCCUAGCAAAGCUCCACCAAGAUCUGCAAGAGAAAUAUGAACAGACCAACAACAGGGUAUUAGAACUCCGCGAGCGUCUUUCCAAACUAUGGGAUUGUCUGGAGGAAGACCAGAUUUACCGGGAGAACUUCUUGCACGCCCACCCUGGGUGUCAGCCACACACAGAGGUCGCCAUCAAGCAGGAGAUCAAGAGAUGUGAUCAGAUUAAGCGUCAGAAGAUACAGGUAUUUGUGGCCAAUGUUCGUACAAAGAUAAAGUUGAUGUGGGACAACGUGAUGUAUUCAACACGCGAACGGGAGGAGUUCCUGCACUACUUCCAAGAUAUAUUCACGGAGGACACACUCACUCUGCACGAGCUGUACCUUGAGAAGAUUACUAAAUACUACAAUGAUAACAAGCACAUCUUUGAGCUGGUGAUGACUCGCAAGAAUCUUUGGCUGAAGAUGACAGAACUGGAGGCGCGGGCGUCUGAGCCGGGACGAUAUCAUAACCGCGGCGGGCAGCUCCUCAAAGAAGAGAAGGAGAGGAAGACCAUCGCUAACAAUUUGCCGAAGAUUGAAGCACAGCUGCGAGAACUGGUGGCGCAAUACGAGGCGGACACUGGCAAUGUAUUUACAAUUGAGGGCAAACCACUGUUGCAACUUAUUGAGGAGGAAUGGAAAACCAGAAAAGCGGAGCGGCAUAACAAAGUGUCUGCUCGGCGCGCGGUGGCGGCGCAGACUCCGACCACGCCGCUGCUGCGGUCGCUGGCCACCUCCCCGCUCGGGAAGAGAGACCGCACCGCCGCUGGGUUCUCCACCGCCGACAGGCACAGGCUCCCAUCGAAGCGCCAGCUGAUCACCGGCAGUGCUACCAAAGCGGUCACAACUAUCGGCAACAAUCUGUCAGCACUCAAGAGAUCAGCCAUAUCUACUGUUAAAAGGCGAAUAAGCGGACGUUUGGCGGCUCGAGUAGUGGCGGAAGGUAAAGUGGAUCACUCCAAGAGGAAACUGGACUUUGGAGAUUUGAAGAAAACUCCUAAAGUCAACGGCAGCAUACUGAAACAUAAGCGCACUUCAGGUGGAAAGCGUCGCAGCGCGGGCCGACGUUCGAUGAACGGUACGUCUAACUCGGGCUCCACGGUCGCCUCGCGAGACGACGCAGAACGACCCAAGGACCCCCUCAUGGAGACCACCAUGCUCACCACCUACACAGACUUCAAGGAGGGCAUAAACGAACGGCAAAUAAGCCGUAGUUCGAUGGCUACAGCCACCGGCCAACUCAACAUGAUCCCACCGACCAUAGUCUGCACCACUAUCGAGGAGAAAAAUACGCCGACCACCCCAAAAAAAACUCCGCGAACGAAAACACCCCUCACGCCAAAAGUGGGUAAAGAGAACAUACAACACCUCAAUCCAGCUAUUACACCCAAGAACAAUUUACUCAAUACACCAUCCAGACUCACUCGGUCGGCUCUCAAACUCAAUAACGGUGGUUUCGCGACCCCACGAACACCUCUUAAUGCCAACAAAAUUAAUUUGCAACGUCAAAAUACGGGUACAUCUCUAGCUCUCAAAACUACACCUAACGCACUCAGCCGGUCCCAAUCGCACACGCAUUUAGUACGAGCGAAAAAUUUACCGCCUCUCAUAUAAAUAUAAUUUAAUCUAUAUAUACACACAUUUCAAUAUUCUAUGUUUGAUUCGCGGAACUGUUUUAUAUUUGAUUCAGAAUUAAUUUUGAAUCAUUCUGUGCUAGAAUUAGGCUUGCAACACUUGCUUGUUAGUAGUCGUUAUUCGUCUGCUUUUAUUAUAUUCUACAGAAUAAGAAAUAGCUCUGUAAUAUAUUUUGUUAUAGUAAGUAAUAAAUUAA